AUUGGCAGGGAUCAGCAGCCUGCCUUGGGAGGAGGGGGGAUAAAAGCCCCUCCACCUGAAGCAGCCAUCACAGAGGUCCACUGGCUCCUAGCAGGAUGGCGUCCCUUCGUCUGUUCCUCCUUUGCCUUGCUGGACUGGUAUUUGUGUCUGAGGCUGGCCCUGCGGGCGCUGGAGAAUCCAACUGUCCUCUGAUGGUCAAAGUCCUGGACGCUGUCCGAGGCAGCCCGGCUGUCGAUGUGGCCGUGCAAGUGUUCAAGAAGACUGCUGAGGCAACCUGGGAGCCAUUUGCUUCUGGGAAAACUGCGGAAUCUGGAGAGCUGCACGGGCUCACCACAAACGACAAGUUCGUAGAAGGGGUUUACAGAGUAGAACUGGACACCAAAUCGUACUGGAAGGCCCUUGGCAUUUCUCCGUUCCAUGAAUAUGCAGAGGUGGUUUUCACAGCCAAUGAUUCUGGCCGCCGGCACUACACCAUCGCAGCCCUGCUCAGCCCCUUCUCCUACAGCACCACAGCUGUCGUCAGCAACCCCCAGAAUUGAGAGACCUGGCCCAGGAGGACCAGGAUUUGCCAAAGCAGUAGUAUCCUAUUUGUACUGAAACAGUGUUUUUGCUCUAUAAACUGUUUUAGCAACUCAGAACCAUGCCAGGGAACAUUCUUAUUAAACCGCCUGUGACGUCAUUCCAA